UUCGCCGCCCUGCGUUCCGCAGGUUGGGAUCCCUCAACGAGGUGCUCCAGCGGCUGCGCGGCGAGGUGCAGAGCGUCCGGGACCCGAAGGGGCGGGUGCCGGGCCGAACAGGCGAAGUGUUGUGGUCUUUUCUUUUUAAGCAAACCAUAUGUAAAACGAGUUUUUGGACUAUGUGAACUGCAGAGAAGAAGUGGAAUUGGAGAUUGAUCGACUCAUGUGAAGAUGAGUUGUUGUUUUACUUUUUCGUUUGUGUGUGUGCUGGCAAGAGUUGCAUGUGCUCAGGGCUUUUUCCUACUCAAAGCCGGUAUCCGUUUCACCCGACCGUAAUUUCUGAUAGAGACUUUUUUCUGUUGGAGAACUUUCAUUCUGUGCGAUCUUUGCGCCAGUGAGAAUACCCUGAGACCAUUAACUAAUCAGGCCUUCCAAUGCGAUGGCAUCGCUUUUGGACGAUUGUGGUGCUGCAGACCCUUUCUGGUGCUGCAGACGAUCGUGAGGCUGCCAAAGGUUGCGUUGAUCGUUUGGACUCGAAUGACAAUUUGGAUGAGGAGCUCUUGCACUUCAGAAUGCUUCAAGUCAGUGCGGAAGUGCUUCCCAAAGACCAUGUGAACCUCGAGAGAUCUGACGCCCCCGUGCCACGUCGGGGCUACGUGGUGCCCCACCACUCUUCGAGGCCACGUUUGAGCUUAGCUCAUUGGCUCACCGGGGCGGCUGAGGAGAAGCUUCUUCCCUUUGCAACAGCUGUGUUGCUACCACAUGCAGUAGCCUUCCUGGUGGCUCAAGUCCUGAUGCGGCGGCACGGUGGUACAGCCGUAGAAGUCUUGCAAGAAAAAAAGGAAGCGCCGAAGAGCCUGUCGUACAUCAUUAAGCAGGCUGGACCCAUGUGGAUCAUUCAUUUGGUGGCCAUUUUCACCUUUGCAGCAGCUGCUCCUAGCGUUGAGUACUUGUACUUGAACUACUUUGCACGGCAAUCCCAGCCUGGGAUCGACUGCUCAGUACAGAUGGCCGCAGCUCCAUGUACACAAUCUGUUACGAAGGUCUUGAAACUUCAAAUUAUUCGUGGCUUUGUGCUUCCGGUGGUGCAGUUUAUCUUGGGCCCAGCAUUAGGCGCGAUGAGCGAUGCUUUUGGUCGAAGGCCUGCCGUGCUGGUGAUUCGCACAUGCCUUUUGAUUUCAGCCACUGGAACAAUGCUUGUCGCUUGGUUUCCUUUACCGAUUUGGGUUGACUAUGCCCUUGGUGUCUUCUCGACAGUUCCUUGGGGUGCAGUGCCCUUCGCAUGGUAUAUAGAUCGAUUUGAUCAUGCACCCACCAUUGUCUAUGCGGUGAGCCUGAUUGAGGGGUCUUGCAUCAUCAGUGAAGCCCUAGGGACAGCAUUCGGAAGCUUCUUGAGCUUGAACAUGGCCAUCUCUGUGCUCUUCGUCGGCCGAGCCGUGACCUUUUGCCUGGCACUGUGGGUGCUACCAGAAUCGUUGCCCGAGGAGAAACGCAUGGUGUUCUCAUGGUCGUCUUUAAUGCCGACAGCUGCCUUGCAAGCUCUUCUGCAAAGCCCCUUGGUGGAGAAGCUCACGGCCAUUCUUGUCAUCAACUCAUUUCACUGGGCAGGCUACUAUACCAUCUUUGGAAGAUUCUUGCAGAGCCAUAUGGCGUGGGCGAGGCAAAACAGCUAUUACAGUGGACUUGCAGAACAAGUCUCUCAGGUUCUUUGGCUUUCAUUUGGAGUGAAUCUUCUUGUGCGAGCCUUUGGCCAGUCUGGGCUUAUCGCUGUCAGCACUUGUGCUUGUGUAGCGUCCAACGUCUUGCAAAUGCUUUCAAACAAGCCCUGGCAGAUCUAUGCGAAUAACCUGUUAUUUUCAGGACCUUCCUUCAUGGCCCCCGCUGUGGUUUCUGGGAUCAUUGGUGCACAGGCUCCAGGCGAACAAGGUACCUUGCAAUCAGCUGUUGCAUUGGUUUCGCAGGUGGCGGCGGCUCUAGGACCUGUGGCCUUUGCCACGGUGUAUCAAUUGCUCGAUCCAGCAGCGCCUGGAGCUCCAAGUUGGACCAUGGACCUCUACAUCAUCUACGGUGCUCUGUUUGCGGUACCUGCUCUCACUUUGACCUUUUCCUUGCGCCGCUUCAUGGAAGGGACCCAAGGGAAGGGCGACCAACGGCCGGAGUCGUAGAGUCGACGCAGUGAAGAAGGAUUUUCAGAAUCUCAGAAUCCAUAUUUUCGGAGGUGCCAGAAGCACCGUCCGAGCUGUGCCAACAUGCAAACAAAAAGUGAAGGACAAACAGCCGCCGUUCCAGUCUUU